AUACAUGCCACCAUUUAAACCUAAUUUUCUAUUAACACACAUUUUUAUUAGAUAUAUCAUUAACAUUUAAGCUCAAAAUGCAAUUUAAAUUACAUCAAAUUUAGUUGGACUUUUAGUGUGACAAUUGAGACGAUGUUUACUAGCACAUAUCUAAAAACUACAACGACGUACAUGGGAAUAUCAACACGAGAUAUGAAGAGAAUUGUGGAUUUACAAUAUAAUGAAAUGACAACGACGUUCAAAGAAACACGCCUCAAACUCUUACUUAUAAUCAUCCAUGAUGCUAAAUGAUUUGAUUAUAUGGGCUCUUGGAUUCUAUAAGAGUCAAUUUGUGGUUAUUAGAUUGUGAAUGUGAUAAAAAUCCAUUUCUAGGCCACGACGAGAAAUCAAACAAAUUAGGGUUGUUUUUGGCGGGAGUUUUAAUUAAUCAUAUGAUUAAGUCAUCAGGAGAAGAAUCUAUUAGGAAGCUUCCAAGCCUGUAAAGCUAAGUCCUGUUUGUCUAUAACCCACCCCCAUCGAAUCUUGACCUCCCAAAUGUAGAGAGAGUUAACUCUUGUUCCUAUGGGUUUGCCAUUUACCAACCCUAAGUGACAAGCUAAAAUAGACGAAGAAUGAUCAGAAGGUCGUGUAUUGUUAGAUCACUAGUUCUUUUCGUAACGAGAAGAAAGAGUGGUUAUAAUGAAGUUUCAUCUUUUAAGGGAAGGGAUGAUUUUGUUGCAAUAUAAAUUUUUUAUUUAGGAAAAGAUUAUACAUAUAUCUACAUUUGAGCGGUUAAUACAUAAUAUUUAGUGCAAAUCCAUAAUCUCCAUGAAGUGUUUUUAUUGACAACAAAGAAUAAACUUAACCACCAUAAUCAUUUAAAUUAGCUUAUAUUCAUUAAGCUUUAUCUUAAGAAAGUGAAGAAAAAAAAAAGUUAAACGUCACAUAAGGAUAAGGGAGAUUGAUAGAAAAGAAAAAGUUGACUUUGAAAUUCAAAUGUAUGAUCUCCAAAUUGAACAUUAAACGUAGAGGUAAAAUCCUCAUUAGCAAAGUGAAAUGUCUUAGUAUGUUUGGACGAGUCAAAGUUUAUGACUCAUAAAAGAACUCCCAAAUCAAUUUUCUGAAUUUGGAUUAUAAGAAAAUAAAAAAAAAAUCCGAAUUUGGAAAUAAAUUAUCUUAAAAAAUCCCACCGAUAUAUUUUGUUUUUAACAAACAACAGUAACAAAAACAUUUGGCGCUAUGACUCUCUCUCCCUCUACACCUUCACCUUCCAACUUCUUCUGAACUUUCGUUCUAUUUUCAAGAGAAGAACAAGAAAAAGCAAAGCUUCAGACUUUAACCAGGUAAACGAUGUUCUCUUCUUCCUUCCCACCUCCUGAAAUGAUCAUCCGAGCCUGUUUGGUUGCCGAGAAAGUUUAUAGUAGAUAAAGAGGGAAAAGGAAAAACGACCCAGUAAAGUUGACUUGGAGUUCACUGCAAUCCUUCGUCUCCCUUUCCUUUUAUUGGUGCCAGCUGAUAAAGCUUGGUUCUUGAUUCUCAUGGCUAGGUUAAGUUACUAGAUCCUUGGCCUAUUUUGUUGAUUUUUUUAUUUUGGGUUUUCCCAGGACGGCCAAUUUUGAUCUCUGUAGCUGAUUAAUGAUUCUGGGUCUUGUAGAUACUGGGAAUCCCCAAAUCUGUGUCUUCGAAGUCUCAACCUUUAAAAGGGUUUUAGGUGGAAAUUGUGUAAAUUUUCUGGAUUUGGUUGCUCUAGUUGAUGAUAUCAAGCUGAAUUGUCCUUCAGGUUGCUUUGUUCUUCAAUGGAGGGCAAUUGGAGUAUGCAAGAGAGAGAGAAUUAGGGAUUCCUUUGAGCAGUUAUCACAACGAUCUUCUGUGGUAAUUUUCUAAAUGUUUAUGAUGAAAUAGGAGUUGGUUCUUGUCCCAUGAAUAGCAUGUUGGCUUUUGCAGAACGACUUAGUAGCUUGAAUUUUGUAUGUUCAUUUUUUUCAUUUCCGUAUCAAGCAGUAGUGGAAGAGCUUCAACAGCAAUGGAGAAGACAGUCCGUUAUUGCUGUGUAUCGCGUGGUAAUCGAGUUCUAUACAUAUACACCAAAGAAGACCAACAACAAGACAUCGAGGAGUUAGCCACAUUGUGUUUAGAUAAUCCUCCUUUGUACCACAAGUGGUACUUCGAGACUAUCGGCAAAAGAACAUUCGGGUUCUUGAUGGAAGACGGCUUCAUCUACUUCACAAUUGUCGACGAAGGGUUAAGGAGUUCUGGCGUGCUUCGUUUUCUCGAACAUCUUAGAGACGAAUUCAAGAAGGUAACUCGAAAGGGCUCACGAGGAAGCAGCUUCUCGGGGUUGAACUCCUUACUUCAAGAACAGCUAGUGCCUGUCAUUUCUCAACUGAUCAAUUCUCUGGAGCACAUAUCUUACAACGAAUGGAAUGCUGAUACCAUCAGCGGUCUCUCUCCUUCGACAAGCCAGAUCGAGCUUACUAAGGCUCCAUUGUUGGGGAAACCAAGCAAGCAUGACAAGAAGAAGUCAGCGAAAGAUCAUGUGAUUGCCAUGAGGGAUCUUGACUCAAAUAAGGCUUGUGAGUUGACCACUCAAGAUACAAGCAGUCAAGGGGCAUCUGUGGGAAUUCCUCAAUCGUCUGCUCAAAAGGAUUCAGGAGGAUCUACGAUGAGGAUUAGGCCGAGCUCUCAGAACAUUAGGAAGAAAUGGUGGAGGCAAGUGAAGAUAGUCCUGGCCAUUGAUGUUGUUGUUUGCUUGGUGUUGUUUAUAAUCUGGUUGUCAAUCUGUGGGGGGCUCGGAUGCAUUCGUUGAUAUCAAUUAGUAGUAUAUAAUCUUUUCGGUUUCAGAUUUUUUGUGGCUAGGAAAUCAUGUGUUAAAAGAAUAGAUUUAUAGUUUGGAGGUAGAGCAAGAAGGGCCUUGUCAGGCCAAGUUGCCUAGUUCGUUGUACAGUUUUGCUGCUAGAUGCAGAUCUCCUUUUGUCACUGUAUUACUGUUUCCAUUUGUUUCUGGAGAUUUGUGAAACCCUUUUCUCUGUGAUUGGGGCAUAUGAAAAUAACAUAGGCAAUCCAUC